CAUGUCUAUAUAUAUACGAUUGGCAGGUAUAAUGAUCCAGCAACGCCCUAAACCGUUUGUUUGGUCUAUACAAGGCUGAAUGUAAUUAGAAGGGAAUUAUGAGAAAAUGAAAUAGAUCGUCUGUUCCUCUUCUCCUUCCUUCUCAUCUUGCGGAUAGGGCAACUUCGUGUGGGGGGUGUUACAGCUUGCUGCCCUAAUCAAUAAUCAAUUCCUCGGACAGCUGACAAGAAAGAAAGCAAUUGAUGAUGGCGUCUCUGGGGUCGCUGAAAUCCUCCAUCUUCGACAAAGAGGAGAAAAAGCAGCAAUACCAAUCGCACGUCAGAGGGCUCAAUGCUUACGACCGCCACAAGAAAUUCAUGAAGGAUUACGUUCAAUAUUAUGGAAGAGCCAAGAAAACUUGUGGUGAUUUGCCAAUCAAAACUGAUCAAGACACUCUUAGAGAAGGCUAUCGGUUCAUUCUAUCGGAAGAAGAUGAGAUGGAUUCUACCUGGGAGAAAAAGCUGGUCAAACGUUACUAUGACAAGCUUUUCAAAGAAUAUUGCAUUGCUGACAUGUCACAGUACAAAAAAGGCAAGAUUGGUCUGAGAUGGAGAACCGAAAAGGAAGUUAUAUUAGGGAAAGGGCAAUUUAUCUGUGGCAACAAGAAGUGUGAUGAGAAAGAAGGCUUAGGAAGCUAUGAGGUAAAUUUUUCUUAUGUCGAAGCAGGAGAACAAAAACAGGCUCUUGUUAAAUUGGUUGCGUGCAAGAGAUGUGCGGAAAAGCUUGUUUAUAGAAGGCAGAAAGAGAAGGAGCAGUCCAAAAGUAAAGAAAAAGAUGGAGACAAGAGAAAGAGGGAAAGAGAGGGAUCUCAUGAUAGCAAGGAUGAUGUCUACGGCAAAAGUGACGAUAAAAAGAAAAAAGGUGAAAAGGAUGCUUCAGCAAGCGGUGGCAAUGACGAGGAUGAAAACUUUGAGGCGUAUCUGGAGGGAAUGUUUCCGUGAUCGGUUGUACUAAUAUGUGAGUUGAUGCGACAACCCGUUAAUAUUUUCUCCUGUACAUAGUAAACAAUCAUUAAGAAGCAGAAUUUCGAUUCACUAUAUGAACAUGUAAUUUAGUAGUAGUGUAGACCUUUCACAAUAGGGAUUUUGUAUUAUUUGAUUUAGUUGUCGGUGCCGCAGAUCUUGUACCUGUACCCAUUAGCUGAAGCUGAGAAAAAUAUAAACCAACAUUGCAAGAAAUUGCGAUUGUGUUUGUGCU